AUGAAGCGAGUCGGCCUCCAGGCUCAAAGGCGAGUUCAGGGCUCGCUCUGCCAGCUUUGCGCCUUUUCUACAUCCUCGAUUUCACGGAGACUUACGCCCUUCUCACCGCGCGCAGCGGUCAACAGGACGAAGCCAUGCGAUAUAUUCAGCGGCAGCAGAACUGCUUUACGGCGGAAUGAGUUGAGAUAUAGAUAUGCGUCUACUGUGGUUGCGGCGCAGUCGGCGGCCCAUGAUGAUCCCGGCGUUCGAGAUGUCAUAGCGGAGGGUGAAGCGAUAAUAUCAGGCACAACGAUACCCUCGGAGGAGUCAGUCAUCAGGAUCCUAAAGCAAAGCCAGGCCAUAGUCGAUGCAGCUCAAUCUGUUGAGACGGCGGAAUCACAGACAAAUACCAAGCCGAAGAAGGAUGCUAUUUCGUCUCUGCUCAAUCUCGACGAUGAAGAAGAAGCAGUGGCAGCGAGGAAGCCGUCUCGGACACAGAAGAGGGAAACUCCAAUGUCUACAUCUGCCACAGCCAUAUCAAACAUGUUAAACGAGCUGCUUCAGGACCCAAAGGUGUUUAUAUCACCAGAUAUACUGAAACUCUAUACUACAAUCCAAUGCCAGCUCAAGAAAGUAGACUAUAUACCCACCAUUUUCACCCUUUACGCCAACAAGCCCUCUCCACGGUCAAGCGGUGGGACAAUAACAUACACCCCAUCAAACCCCAAAAGUCCACAAAACGCCAUUCCUCCUACCAUUGCCAAUGACGCUCUUGAAGUAGCCAUGGAACAACGAAACCUCCCACUAGCUCUAGCUAUCAUAGACGCUGCAUUCUGCACACCAGCAUUCUACCGCUCGAAAAUCAUCCGACAGGCGUCAUUCCCGCUGCUAGGCGUAGUAGCAACACCCCCUGCAGCAUGGGCAAUAGCGUCAUACCUCUCAACUCUCCAGAAUACCAUGGAUGUGUCGACAGCCAGGGGCAUAGCUUUCUCCGCCAUUCUUGCAUAUGUGACAUUUACUGCGUCCGUUGGACUAGUUGCAGCAGCUACUUCGAAUGACCAUAUGAGACGAGUUGUGUGGAUUCCUGGCACAGCAUUGCGAAAUCGUUGGUUACGAGAAGAGGAACGCCAGGCUUUGGAUCGAGUUGCGCAGACCUGGGGUUUCAAUGAUCCGUUUAUGCGAGGCGAGGAAGUGGGUGAAGAAUGGGAGUCUUUGCGUGAAUUCAUUGGCAUGCGAGGGAUGAUUUUGGAUAAGACUGAUCAUAUGGAGGGAAUGGAAUAG